AUAAUCUUGGAGUUUAGAUAAUGUUGUAAAAUUGUAUUCCUCUAUUGAACGACUUUUUGGAGGGUUAAGUUAAGGAAGCAGCCCAAUAAACAACAAAUUUAAGUAUCUACCUAGGUUUUGCUUCGAAUUUUCCCUUUUUCUAUCCUAUUUUUGGCCAUCCAUGCCCGAUAGCUAAACCAAUAUACCAAAUGGAACGCAAAUCAAUAUCUGAUGCCUUAGAGCUUGCCCUUGAAUCUGCUUCCAACGAAUACCAGGCGCAAUCCGCUGACUUCGAGCAUGUCAGUGCUGAUGAAUCAGACGGCUCAGGUGCCGAAGAUCAGCGUAAUCGCAAACGUAAAAGAGACGCCUUGCUUAACUCAACAAUUAGAGAUUCUGCUGAAGAGGAUCCCACUACACCGUCCUGUCCCAUCUGUCUACAGCCUUAUACUCAUCGCUCGUAUCUUCGACCCUGUUACCAUUCUUUUUGCAUCGAUUGCAUUCGGCAAUGGUUCAAAAUAGGCAAAGUUUGUCCUUUAUGCAAACAACAUGUUACUUCAGUCGUCUAUAAUGUUGGAGAGAAAUCAGGAACCUUUCUUGAAUACAACUUCAAUGGCUCACCUCACAUACCCGAAGCAAUUUAUGAGCAAGCCCUUAGGAGCGCGCCGAGCCAAACGACACCUUCAGAAACAGCUGGUCAGCGUGCCUUAACGCAUCGACGCAGGAUAUACCAUGAUUCUAUGAUACCCGAUCCUGGUUAUCCUCCUGUUUCUCGGAGACAUCUCGAUACCACGCACAUUUUACCAUACCACGUUGCCAAGAUCAAACCAUUUGUUACUAGAGAAUUGCGAGCACUGCUAGGAGAUUUCUACGAACCCUUAAUUGAAAAACAAGUUUUAGACAUCUUGCUCAUACCACACAAUCGGUUUAUCGAGUCGCGACGAGGCAGAGACAACAAAACCUCAGACGAAAAGCGAGCAAUGCAAAUCACGAUGGACGACGAUUCUAUAAUAGAGCUUUUAAGCGAAUGGAUUCCCGGAGGCGAAAAUAAUAAUGGAUUUGCUCGGCGAUUUGUCACAGAAGUGAUGGCCUUCCUGCGUAGUGGUAUGAGCUUGAAUACCUUCACUACCAAUGUCCAUUACCGUCGUGAGGGUUAGGGUUCAAAGUGAGACCUACAAAUUUUGGGAUAAAAUUACGACUGACGUGCAUUUCGCCUCAUCCCCCCCAUCAACUCUUUUUCUGAAU